UAAAAAACACAAAUAUUACACCCUCUUGCUUUGCAGAUUCCUACUUGUCAAUUCAAUUCUACACAUACAAACACUUCAGUAUGCCGAUCAAUUUCGUCAAUCACUUCAAUCCAUCCUUUUUUCAAUGAAAAGCUUGCAUCCAACGGCACCAAAAACUAUCCAAAACACCCACAAAAAGCAUCCAAGAUUUAGAGAAAACUUGUUACUUAGGGAAGAAAAUGAAUCCAGUAACAGCUCAUGGACAUGGUCAUCCUCUACCUCCUCCGUUUCUCACUAGAGAUCAUCAGUUACACCAUCACCAUCAGUUUCAACAGCAGCCACCUGAUCAGGAGGAUGAACAAAGCGGUGGAAGCAGCAGCCGCAACCACGGCCAGAAGCGGGAUCGCGACGGUAACGAUCAUAGCAAUAAUAAUAAUCAUGAUGGUAACAGAGAUAUAGCUUCAGGAGGAGGAGGAGGAGGUGAUGAAACCAGUGGUGGUACAAGGCGGCCACGUGGCCGUCCUCCCGGAGCAAAGAACAAGCCCAAACCUCCAGUUAUAGUCACUAGAGACAGUCCGAAUGCACUCCGGUCUCACGUGAUGGAGGUAGCCAACGGGUGUGAUGUUCAAGAGAGUAUAACGAAUUUCGCUAUAACAAGACAAAGAGGGAUUAGUAUUCUAAGUGGUAAUGGAACCGUUGUAAAUGUAACCCUGAAGCAGCCAACGGCGUCAGGGGAAGUUUUGAGCCUGAACGGGCGAUUUGAGAUUUUAUCGCUUUCAGGCUCAUUUCUUCCCCCUCCUGCUCCACCGGCUGCUUCAGGGUUAACUAUUUAUUUAGCCGGUGGACAAGGGCAAGUGGUGGGAGGGAGUGUUGCCGGGCCCUUGGUGGCAUCAGGGCCCGUGGUGAUUAUGGCCGCUUCUUUUGGAAAUGCGGCAUAUGAACGACUUCCACUUGAGGAUGUUGAAGAGGGUUCGGGUAAUCAUGAAGGGUUAGGAUCGCCUUCUCGGAUCAAUGGUGGUCAACCACAGCUCAUGAACGAGGCGAAUCCGUCUUUGUACCAUGGAUUGCCGGCUAGUAUGAUGAAUUCGGGUCACUUGCCAACUGAAGGUUAUAAUUGGGGUGCUAAUCGUCCUCCUUUUUGACGACAAGGAUUAAGAGGAAUGAUCGAAUCAAACACACCCGAUAUAUCGUAAUUCAUUCUUCUUCGUCCUUAUACUACCUAAACUUGUGCAAUUCUCUUUGAUUUUUCUUAGAUUUCUUUCUUUCUUUCUUUUUUUUUUUUACUUUAACAUAAGACAUUAGUUUGUUUGUGAUGUUAAUGAAUUCAAAUGAUUAGGCUUCCAUAUCUAGCUAGCAUGUUUGAUCAAAAAUUGAGGUUGUACAAUGUACAAAACUUGUCAUAUUAUUAAUAUUUAAUAAAACUAAUGGUUGCUUUCUAUUAACCA